AUGACGAUGAUUGGAAAAAUUGAUGUUUUUGAUGAAACCCAAGAAAGCUGGGAGACGUAUGUCGAACGAGUACAACAUUUUUUCGCUGCAAACGAUAUCGACGACAAUCAUCAAGUGCCAACUCUGCUGAGUUUGAUUGGAAGCAAAACGUAUUCAUUAUUAAAGGAUUUACUUUUGCCAGAAAAGCCUGCAGACAAGAACUUUGAUGAAAUAGUAAGUACAUUACAGAAGCAUUUAAAUCCUAAACCACUAGAAAUAGCCGAACGGUUUCGUUUUUAUAAGAGAAAUCAGCAAGAAGGGGAAAGCAUUUUAAGUUAUAUAGCUGAGUUAAAGAAAUUAACCACACAUUGCAAUUUUGGAAAUAACUUGGAAGAAACCUUGCGUGACAGAUUGGUGUGUGGAUUAAGUAAUCAGCAAAUUCAGAAACGUCUCCUUGCAGAGUCAAAAUUAAAAUUCUCCAAAGCUGUUGACAUAGAAGUUGCUAUGGAAACAGCCACUCGAGAUGCUACAGAGAUCCACAGCAAGGGUAGAGAAGAAAAACCUCUUGGUCUUGACAAACUGACACUGAACAGACCCUCGAAUAGAUCAGAUAGUGGCCCACCUUCCCCUGUAGUGUGUUAUCGAUGUGGAGCUAAUACCCAUGUUGCAACUGAGUGUAGAUGUAAGAAAGAAGUCUGUCACAAGUGUGGAAAGAGAGGUCAUAUUCAAAGAGCUUGCCGGGCACAACAAAGCCAGGGGCCAGGUAGACCCUCGCCCAGAUCAAGAUACCAGAAAUCGACCAAUGCCAUAGAAACCGAACCAGAUGAGUAUGAACACUUGUUGAAUAACCUGGAAGUUCAUAAUAUAAACAAAUCAAACAGUGAUGUCAUAUGGGUUGACGUGAAAGUUGAAAAUCAACCACUAUCCAUGGAACUAGACACAGGAUCGGCCGUGUCCAUUUUGCCAUAUGACAUGUUCUUGGAAAGAUUUCGCGACAAGAAGUUAGAGAAAACAACCACCGUACUAAAGACAUAG